AUGUCCGUGCCCGUCCCACUAAUUUCUGCCGGGGCUCAGAAAUAUAAGAGAGAUGAAAAUGGCACCGAAGAUGAUGUCGCAAUGACCCCUUGUUCUAUUCCGGCUGCCGCCGCGGUUGUUACAUCCAGCUCGGUGUCCUCGUUGCCAGCUUCCAAACCAUCAUGCAUCUUACACGAGCAAGACCCAGAUCAAGGCAUAACGCAAGCAUUCUGUCUCUACGAUAGCACUGCGACUCUCUCUCCACUUUCUGUGGCAUCGACGGGCCACCAGACCGACAGCUGCGCCUACACGACCAUACCAGCUACAGCCAAGGAAACAAUUACCACCGCCGCAUCAACUUACACUAAGAACUGCCAGGGGUGUACCCAAGUUCGGUUCAAUGCACUAAGCUGCACAUCUGUUCCGAAAUGUGCCCCCAUCAGUGCAGAGGUUACUGUUCAAGCAGGCAGUUCUCCCGUGCACGUCGGCACUCUUACAGGCACAGCUCUCUACACUUCUGUUUCUAGCGCCCUGGAAAAACUGUGCCCAUUGGUGACUCAAACUAAGAGUCCAACUGUCUGCGAGACAGGCAGCGUCACAGUACCGAAUAUUGAGUAUGUCAGCGACGACAGCCUCGACAGAAAUGGGGAGCUAGUGAUCAAAGUGGCAGCAGGCUCGUACAACUCGACUGCGCUCCGCGAUGCAAUGAUAUCAAGUCUGCAGCUUUGA